AUGCGUUAUCUUCCAAUCUUGAGUUUUCUUGGGGUGUUUGCUAUCGCCACCAUCGAUGCUGUGUCUCUGCCGCAAGAUGUGCCUCGCGAUGUUUCAGAUUUCCGACAGAAUCACCCAUACAAGCCUCCCAAACAUGAGCACCGCAAGAUAAUAAAGAUCCGCGCGUCGAGGGAUCAUCAAGAUGAUGUUUCCAAGGAUUUCGAGCGCGGUGUGCGUCAGGCUGACCGAGGUAACACCUUGUACUUGCCACAUGGCCAGACAUUCGUCAUUGGAAAAGCCCUUGAUUUGACUGGACUCAAUGAUAUUCACAUUCACCUGGAGGGCGAGAUCCGGUUUACGGAUAACGUUACAUAUUGGCAGGAAAAUGCUUGGUAUCACCCCUUUCAAAAGUCCAUUAUGUUUUGGAAAUGGGGAGGGCAUGAUAUCAAGAUCUAUGGUAACGGCGUCAUCGAGGGGCAAGGACAACGCUGGUGGAAUGAGUUUGAAGCCGGCACAGGCUCCAUUCUAAAUCCUGAUAAUAAGUAUUACCGUCCGAUUUUGUUCUACGCAGAGAACACAACCAACCUUGAUGUUUCCGGCAUUCAUCUCAAAGACUCACCCUGCUGGAACAAUUUUAUCGUAAGCUCCAAGAACAUCUCAUUCACCGAUAUCGUAGCGACAGCCCUAUCAAACAAUGGCAGCAUUAUCCCAAAGAACACCGACUUUAUGAACACAAUGAACACUUCAACUGUGCGAAUUGAAAGGACAUGGGUCAAUAUUGAUGAUGAUUGUUUCUCUCCCAAGCCAAACAGCUCUGAUCUUUAUGUCAACACCAUGUACUGUAACGGUACACACGGCCAGUAUUCUGGUGCUCGUAUCAAAGUUUGGGCCGGAAAUGAAACUGGCACGGGUUUUGUCAACAACGUAACGUUCAAGAACUUUUGGGUUGCACGUAUGGACUACGGCAUAUUCCUCGACUCUUGCUAUUUCAACAAAUCAGCCUCAGAGUGCAAUGCUCAUCCCUCAGGAAUGCAAAUCACCAACAUACACUUCGAGAACUUCACAGGCUAUACAUCUGGUGUUUAUGGCAAUGCUGUAGCUCGUCUUUCUUGUUCGUCAGCUGACGAUGCUGUUUGCGCCAACAUUACUCUCAAGGACUUUGAUGUCAAAACACCAUGCGGUGGAGAGCCCGUGGUUAUCUGUGAUGGGAUGCACGGCGAUGUUGGUGUCGACUGUGUUCCAUAUGAAAGCGAUGAGGCUCAGGCGGCGCUCAAAGCAAAAUGCGAAACACCGUUGGUUCCUAUCGACACGGAUCCUUGGGGUAAUGGAUUGAUUGAGAAGAAGAAGGAUGCCUUUCACCCACAGUAG